AGGCGCCGGAACCGGGGGACCGAGGAGACGAACCAGCCAGAGACUGCACAUCAGAGGGAGAGACCGCCAACAUCCUGCUGGAGCAACGAUGGACCGGUUUAGGGGUUUGGGUUCCCCCAGGCUGACAGAACUACUAGAACAGGUUGACUUGUGCUUGGCUUGUGUCACCUGCAGCAGAAAGAAGCAAGGAAACACGUACAUCUACCAACCCUCGAAGCACAACUGUUCUGCUCAGCUGCUCCUUGCAAAAAGCAAAGAACAGAGUAAUGCAAAAGAUUGGUAUGAAGUGAGGCAGCGCCCGUUGUACCCAGUGCCCUCCCGAUAUGUAGUGUGCUGGCACUACUAUCCAGCAAAGGGCUGUGUGAGGCACCAGGCAGAGUGCACGUUUGCUUGGUCCAAAGAAGAAAUCCUUGUUUGGUCUUUUGAGAGGACAAACAGGCUGGAAAGACACCAACUCAGGUCCAUGCUACUCCCAACUCCAUCGCCAACUACUGCCGAUAAGGAACCCAAAAACUGGGAAGAGAUUUUGAGUCGUUUUGGGGGCCAAUUUCAGAACAUAUGUGAGCAAUGCUUUUACCAGAGCCCACCAAAGGUCACCCUUACUGAUUUAUGCCAGUGUCAUCCUCGCCCAAUGCCACUCCUAGCUCACAUAGUCAUUGACGACACUAAGAAGCAGUGCAACAUUAUUCGUCCUCUGCCUUCUUCACACGACAUCCGCUUGUGUAGCCAAAGUUCUCGUGGAUAUCUUUGCCGUACAGAUAACGGGCAGUGCCCACAUGCCCACAGUGAGGUGGAACUUGUGGUUUGGAAAGCAGAGCAGAGCUGUGGACUCACUCGUGGUAAGAUUAAGAAGAACCAAGAACUGAAUAUGGGUUUUUACUGUCGUCUGUGCCUGGUUACUGCCAACACGCAAGAAAGUUUUGAGGUCCACUGUGCCUCUUUUGAACAUGGGCGCAUGAUAGCGACUGAUUCGCUGUUGGUAUGGAAUCAUCGCUCUCCUCCACUUGGCAUGAGUCAAUUUUCUCUUUGCGGAAGCCCUUUGCAGUGCAUCUACGGAAUUGCCUGUCCGAAUGCUCACAGCCAGGAGGAGUUGCAGGAGUGGAUUCUCCGGGUCAAAAUCACCAGGCGAAAUAAGCAGUUGGUGGAGGAAGAGGGGCUCCAGUCUUACCAGGACCGUCUUGUUCAGGAGUAUCAGCUCUACAGCAGUGAAAUAGAAGUGCUUUCGGAAAAGGUUGAAGGUGUUAAAAUAACAUGUAGCCAUCCUCUGAAAAUUCAUUCCAAGGAAAAACUUGCACGAAGAACAUGGGAUUUCACCCUGCAUUCCAAGAUACCACUCCUGCAUGUUGCCUUAUUGAAGACCGAUCCUGGAGCCAUCUUUUCUUUGGAUGCUAGUGACCAUAAAAAACCCUGCCAUUAUGCCGGAGGUCAUCGUUUCCUGGUUGAGGGAUCUCGGACACAAUAUAAACUGUCUGUACGUGUCCAGUGCUCGGCCUUUGGAGUUUUUGAGCAGUGGUUGACUCUAGAUUUUGGAAUUCGUCCAGUUUUGCUUCAGAAGAUCUUCAUGCAAGUUGGUGGUCAAGAAGAAACCCUAAGCCUCCAGAAUAGAGCCUCAGAUCAACGUGAAGGAGCACCGCCAUCCUCAGAGCGCUGGUAUCCAGACAAGCUCUUAUUCAUUCCAUGCAAGGAGAGGACACUAGAGGAAAAGAAACUCUUAGAAAUGUACAAACCUCCCUCCAUGAAUCCAUGUUAUGUUCCAACAACCACUGAUAAACAGCCACUGACGGUGGCAAACUACAGACAAGUGAUGCAUCUUAGUCUUCUCCAAGAGGAAGGAGCGAGAGAGCAGGUGAUAUCUAGGUUAAACUUAAAAGCCAUGGUCACCUUUAAGAAGAUGGUGAGUGAUCAGAAUGGAAUGAAGAUUGCUCCUCCUGGUGAGCUCUAUGCAGAGGUUCCUCUACCUUCUGGGAUGACGCAAGAUGCUGAAGAAGGAUAUUUGCUGCAGAGGUCUGUGUUGACGGCCAUCAUUGCUCCUUGCCCUCUGCAGAAUGACAGAGUCUAUGAAGUCCUCCUGGAACCCAGCAUAGAGUUAGAGGGCAGUAUUGUACUGAAGAUACCGGAGAGAUGCUGCAAAGAGCUGUCUAUUGAGCAAGAUGCAUCUACUCAGUUAGAGGUCCAGUUCCAGAUCGAUCGUCUGCCAUUCAGCAUUUACCAUGAAGCAGUUGACCGCCUGUUGGACGAAAAGUUAUUACUCCCAGAUCUGUCCAAAUGCCAACUGCCCACCUACCAGGGGCCUAUAUCAUGGGGCAACAAGAAACAGCAGCUGGCAAUCUCUUACAUUGCUGGAGCGGUGACAGGGAAAGAGCCAGUAGCCCCUAUUCUGAUAUAUGGACCAUUUGGUACUGGAAAAACAUCUACCUUGGCCCAAGCUGCUUUGCAGGUGGUCAAACAACCUCACGCCAGAGUGCUGAUCUGUACCCAUAACAACAGUGCUGCCGAUCUGUAUAUCCAAGAUCAUUUCCAUCCAUAUGUUGAGACCGGCCACCCAGAAGCAACCCCCCUGAGAGUGAAAUAUAUAAAUAGCCCAAUAAAUAGGACCAGCCCCAUAACACGUCAGUAUUGCCCUCUCAGCCCUGAUAAAUCUACCUUUAUUUCCCCGCCUCUGAGUCUCCUCGACAAUUAUCGCAUUGUUGUGACAACUGCAGUCACAUCCCGGGAUCUGGAUGUGCCAAGGGGUUAUUUCACCCAUAUCCUACUGGAUGAGGCAGCACAAAUGAUGGAGAGUGAGGCAUUGAUCCCAUUGGCAUUGGCAAACCAUCACACACGUCUGGUGGUGGCUGGAGACCACAUGCAGGAGACCCCACGGUUCUUUAACAGAAGAGCUGGAGAGGAGCACACCUUACUCACCCGUCUCUUCUCCCAUUACCAAGGUAAAGACUGUCCAGUAGCCCAAAGAGGACGUAUAAUCUUCCACCAAAACUACCGCUCUGUCCCCAGCAUCAUCUCCUUUGUGUCACGAUGCUUCUACGUCAGCCGCAACAAUGCUAUUGAGGCUUGUGCAGAAAAACCAAUGCAACCUCCACAAGGAAGCCAUGCACUGGGGCUUUUCCAUUGUCACGGUCCAUCUUCUUCUGUAGGAAAUUCAUGGGUAAAUCAGUCGGAAAUGUUGCAGGUUGUUGAGGUUGUCAAGGAAAUUCUCAAAUCGUGGCCUGAGCAGUGGGGAAAAGUGAACAGAAGUAAAAUCUGCGUGGUGUCCCAUGGAAGUCAGGUAAAGCUGAUACGUCAGGAACUGCGCAAAAUAAAACUGUCUGAUGUCACAGUCACAAACUAUGACAACAUCAUUGGUUGCGAGUACUUUGUCAUCAUUCUCAGCACUGUUCGGUCUGUAGACAGUCUGCCUGUUCAUCCUCCAUCCACUUCCACCUUCAGCUUAGACUUCUUCUGCGAUCCUCGAGUUCUGAACACGAUUCUGACACGUGCUCGUGCCCAGGUCAUAGUAGUUGGAGAUGUGGUGGCUUUGUGUUCUUUUGGUGGGUGCAGUCGUAUCUGGAGGAACUACCUACGGGAGUGUGUGGAAGCGGGGAGCUCAAUGCCAGCAGACCUUAAUGUGGAGGAGAUAAAACAGGUUGUAUGUGACCUACAAGCCUGGAGGCAACAACAAGCAGAAGAAGAUGCUGAAGAAGACAGAGACUCUUGGGCAUCUGACUUAGACAUCAACUGUGAAGAUGCCAUUCUUCAGGAAUUGCUGGACGGCGAAAAGGGGACUUUUGUGACUGUGACGGAGGAAGGAAUGCUGGAAGUUAAGCCAAAAGCCAAUAAUUCUCUAAAAGAAGACAAAUAUACCCACUUCCCUACACAUAUCUUGGAGCAGUACCUCUAUUUGCAACCGAGCACCUACAAAAAGUGUCAACUGAUCAAGGAAAACUUUGACCGAGGUUAUGCUGUUACUCUCGAAGAAUGUCCACCCCGUCGCAUACCUGUGAAUGGGCGCAGCAAUUGUGGUCUGGGAUUUACUGGCGACAAAGUGGUUGUCCAGUUGUUAUCAAAAACAAAUCACGAAAGUGGAAAAGUGGUUGGAAUCUUAGAAGCAGGAGAAAACAAUCGACGCUUCAUAUGUUUCAUGGACCCUAGGGAUCCUAAUAGCAUGAUUCCCAUUGACAGAUCAGUCACUAAGAUUUUUUGUAUGUGUUUUAAAGACAAACCAAACUAUAUCCCAAUACGUAAAUUUAAAGGUAGACAGAUUGUUACAGAACGUUUGGAGAAGCUGACCGAAGACAUGAGACGAAACAGUUUGUUCCUGGUGGAGGUGGUCUGCUGGCAGGAGCGUUACUACUACCCUCUGGGCAUUGUAAACCGCAUUAUACCUCGUGUGCUAAGUUUAGAACAGGGACUUAACAUCUUAAACCUGGAAUUUCGUAUUGAAAAUGACAGUAAUUACCCUAAAGAGGUGAUGGAAGAAAUACAACAAAUGCCAAACCACAUCUCAGACAAAGACAGAAAAGACUGCAGAGGCAUUCUUGUCUUCACCGUGGAUCCAGCACAUGCAAAAGACUUGGACGAUGCCAUAUCUGUACAAGACCAAGGGGAAUACUAUGAGAUUGGUGUCCAUAUUACUGACCUGGCUGCUGUGAUUCCCCAAGGAGGUGCCUUAGACAAAGAAGCGAAAAGACGAGGAGUUACCUUCUACUCCGUCACACAUGAUGUGAUCCAUAUGCUGCCUCUUAAAUUGUGUUCAGAUCUAUGCAGCCUGAAACCAAAUUGUGACCGUCGGGCAGUGUCCCUUUUUGUGAAAGUGAAGAAAGACACUGAUGAAAUGGUGGAUGGCAAUCUUUGUCAUACUAUUAUCUGCUCUAAACGUCAGUUAUCCUAUGAAGAGGCAAAUUCAAUUCUGGAAGCUAAGAGUGCAGAUCCUCCAACAUUCAGCACAGUGGAAGGGUGUUUAUUCAUCAUCAAGCACUUUUCAGAAGUCCAUCGAAUGUUCCGUCUAGAAAACGUUUCCAAUUACAAACAGCCUGAUGAAGAUUGUCCCCCGGGACAUCGUAAUGCUCAACGCAUGAUUGAGGAAUUGAUGAUUAUGUACAAUAGCUGGGUGGCAGACUGUCUAACCAGCAAAGACAAACUGAUGAAUGUUAUGCCAGUACGAUGCCAGAAUGGGCCAAGCCUUCCUAUGAUCGAGGAGCUAAGGACAAAGUUUCAGCAUCUUUUACCUUUUUCAUCCUACUUGUCACAUCAUUUGCUGGAUGUCCCUGAAUUACCGAGACCUUCAUCUGGCCAUAAAGUAACCAUGCUGACCUCAGUGUGGAAACAGCUGCUAGAUGCAGCUGUAAAGCAAGACCAUGCCAGGAUCACUGACCUUCUAGCAACAGAAGACCUGCACCCUGAGCUCUGCUAUGCUGUUCGAGAAUUUAGAAGGCAACUGGGUCGUUCAUUCUUCAUCCGGUCAGGCUCGCCAAAUGCCAAUGGGCAUUACUCUCUUCAGCUUUGUGCCUAUACCUGGGCUUCAUCACCUCUUCGACGUUACAUAGACAUUGUGGUGCAGAGAUUGCUUCAAAGACAUCUAAAAAUGGUUUCAACAUCACUCAUUUCCCCAGAGGACAUGGACUUAGCCUGUCUCAACUUUGAUCUAAGGGUAAAAAGGGAGUCAGCUUAUGAGAAGAGAGGGCACGCACUGAGGCUGGCAUUAUCCCUCCAUAAUGAAGUGCAGCAAAAGUUGGCAGUGAUCAUUAGUGCUGAUGCUAAAAGUAAAGGAGUCAAAGUAGCCUUCCCACUCAAUGGAGACUCUUUAUCAAAUCCAUUGUCACUAGAUUAUAGCGUUUUACAGCCAGUGGAGCAACCAACACCAAUUGAAAAUGGCUCCAGUUUGUCUUGGAAACGCAGAGUGUAUUCCUACAAGACUUACCGGGAAAAACCUCUCAAAAACAAAAUGCGGAAAGACAUAAUCUCCUUUAAUCCUAGAGCUUGGCAUGAAGCAGUCACAGCAAUAAGCCAGGGUGCUUCAAAUAAAGCAGUAAAUGCCUUAAGAGAAGGUAUUGAAGCUUUUGACCCCAUGAGUUUUGUAGCUCAAAGUCCCUGUGGUCACUACAUGGAAUUUGAACUCAAUCUGCACCCCGGGGAUUGCCUUCCUGUUCAGCUGUGCAGCGUUGUGGACCGUGGGUUCCCUAUGCCUAGUCCUCAGCUUUGCUCCCCAGCACCAGGAGUAGAGCUUUGCUUGGAACAUACAUCUCGACCCAUUGAUUGUUUCUCCUGUCUAGCCAAACGAGCGCCUCUUAAACAAUACAAAACCAUUAAAGAAUAUCAGUCAGUGUGGUUUCCCCUUUUGGACAUGGAGGCAGUGGAGUCAGCUGUGACUGAAGGUGGAAGUAUACUCUUAACAGAUGUCCCUGUGAAAUGGAAGGCAAAACGUGGUAGCAAGCAAGCUGUAGGGUUGGAAGGAUCCUUCAAACUGUCUUCCCACAUAAUUAAAGAUUGUGACCUUGACAUGGACUUUCAGAACUGCUAUAUUUGCAUUCGAAUGGAAGAUCUGAAGAGAUGCAGAACCACAGACCCCUUUGAAUAUGACAGCUACACUUGGAUAGCACAUGGUCUGACCAACGUCAAAAAUAAGGUUUCCAAAGAGGAAGGUGGCAGAGUGGCCUUCUAUAUACACCAGGCUACCAUGAAGGAAGUUCCAGAAGCAGUCCUCAAACCUGAAGCCACAUUUACUGUGGAAAUCAUACAAAAGCUGCUACCAGACAUACGGAAAGAAGUCGCCGUGAAUGAACUGCAAGGUGCCUCAGAACUGACUAAAAGUAUUGUCCUGGGAAAGCAUAUUCCUGAUAAAGAUAUGAACAGUAAGUUCAAGGCACAGAGAUCCUUCGCCGUCCGUGAACUUUCUCUCGGUUUGAAUGACAGUCAGACAGGAGCUUUGAGGAAAGCCCUGAUGCAGCCCUUCACUCUGAUACAAGGACCCCCUGGUACUGGGAAAACUAUAGUCGGUGCUCAUCUGGUUUACUGGUUCAAUGAAGUGAAUCAAGAUCUAGAGUCAAUGACAGCGGACGAAACCGAAGACGAAACCGAAGAGGAACUGAAUGGCAGGCGGGUCCUCCUGUAUUGUGGCCCUUCAAAUAAGUCUGUGGAUGUCAUAGCCGAAAAACUUCUCCCCCUUCGUGGCAAGCUCCGCAUGUUGCGUGUGUAUAGUGAACAGAUGGAACUGUCUGAAUUUCAAUACCCUGGAAGCAACCUCAGAGUAUCUGGAUACCUCAGGGAGGGUAAACCGCUGGAAGUUCUCAGACCGAUCACCUUACAUCACCUGAUCCGGCAGCCCACAAACCAAUAUUCUGGGAAAAUUCUGGAAAUGGAUGCACGGAUUCAGAGAAGGGAGGAGAUGACUCUGGAAGAAGUGGCUAGUUACAAAAAGCUACUGGCUGAUGCUCGAAAAGUGGAGCUUGACCGCCAUGACAUUAUUUUGUGCACCUGCAUCACCUCAUCCAGCAAAGUCCUGACAGGUCUGCCAGUGUCACAGGUUAUUAUAGACGAGAGUGCGAUGUGCACUGAGCCGGAGACACUGGUUCCCAUUGUCAGCCACAAGAAUGCGCAAUGGAUUGUUCUAAUUGGUGACCAUCGCCAGCUGCGCCCUGUGGUCAAGAAUGAUUUAUGCCGCGCUCUGAAAGUGGAUCAGUCACUGUUUGAGAGAUACCAGGAGAGGGCACUGUUGCUGGACACACAGUACCGCAUGCAUUCUGCUAUCUGUAAAUUUCCAUCCGAUGAGUUCUAUGAUGGUCGCUUGCUCACAUCAGCUUCGCUCAGGCUGCAGCCCAGCCUCUUCUCCUACAAACACCACAGAUGCUGCCCCCUGCUGUUUGGAAAAGUGGAAGGACAGGAGCAGAGCCUGAUUGUGACCAGUGAAGAAGGGAAUAUUAACUCAAAAGCAAACCAUAAAGAGGCAGCGCAGGCGGUACGUUUGGCAAAACUUCUUGUUAGUCGGUCGAUUGAAGCCAAAGAUAUCGCUAUCCUGACCCCCUACAAUGCCCAGGUGGCAGAGGUCACCAAGAGACUGCGAGAUCAGGGACUGAAUGAGGUUACCGCCUGCACCAUCAUGAAAAGCCAAGGAAGUGAAUGGCGAUAUAUCAUCUUCUCAACUGUACGUUCGAUUUCUGAUGAAGGGCUUGAUUCCCGGCCUACGUACAGUUGGCUACGGCACAAUCUUGGUUUUCUUUCCGAUCCAAACCAGAUUAAUGUUGCACUUACAAGGGCCAAGGAGGGACUGUGUGUUCUAGGAAACCCCCGCCUGUUAAAGUGUUCACACCUUUGGGGCCGACUUUUGCAGCACUACACGCAGAACGGGGCAUUUGCAGACUGUACCGAGAUCACUGUCUUAUCGCCAUCACGUCGCUGACAUUCCAGUGUAUUGCUGACAAUGGCAUCGCCAGUCAAGACGCGGGACUUCAGGAAUUAUUUUAAUACAGCUCAGGUUGAAUAUGAAGCAUUCCACAGAAGCCAACCAGCCGGGUAUAAUAAAUCCUGCAUUUUCACAUUCUAUUCAUGGACCAUUCCUAUAUAACUUUCCAUGGGGGCAAGCCGGGGGAGUUACUACUUGCCCAAAUAUAUACACGUACCUCUCAGUGGGGGCAAGUACAAUAUAUGAAUUGGAAAGCUUCAUGUUGCCACCCAGUGGUCAUACAUGGAACUGGAGGUUUUACAUUCAUUUUAUUUCCAUCUUUUUAUUUAUACAUUUUAAAACAGUUUUGUCCAUGUGUAAAAUAUUUAAGUUACUUAAUGGACACCAGCAUAUUGUUCAUAUGUAUGUGUAUAUGCAUUAGAUUGCUAGCUCCUCAGGUAAAACCUGCUAGCACUGACCUGGGUACAUUGUCCUUUCCUCAUUAUAUGGACAUUAAUUUAUGCAGAUACUGUCAUUUUUAUAAAUUUUAUAACUACAAUGAGGUGUUAAUGUAUUAUUAGCUUAUUUUGAAGGGGGAGUGGAAUUAAACAAUAUGUGUAGGCAAAACCCAUACACUGUAUUAUUUUUCCUGCAGGGCCCAAGGGGGCAGGACGUCACACAGGAAUUCUGUCUUUGGUGUUCUGUGAAUCCCUGUGCCAUGCUCCGCCAUCUCAGGCCAUGCACUACAGAUAAUAGUGUACCAGACCUGCUUGGAACGUUCUUAAGCCUCUCUGAGCCAUUGGUUUUUGGUGCAUCCCCCCAUGUAGAUAUCAGACAGUUCAAUGCAAACAACUUAACUGCUGUGAUGAUAUAAAUACAUUGAUCAGUGUUUUUAUAUCGUUUUAAAAUGCUUUUUUUUUUAAAUAUAUAUAUAUAUAUUUAAAUAUAAAUUUUAACAUAAAUUUUAAUCAAUUUUACCAAAAAAUGUAUUUUACCUUGAUUUGAAAAGGUUGUACAUUAAAUGUCCAUUCU